AUGACAGUGACUAGGAAGACUAUGGCUAGCCAGAGGAGAGAUACAACAGAAAGUGAGGGGAACAGCAGGCCAUUACCGGCUCCUCCACCACCUGAGGAUAUUUCUAGGGUUACCGCACAUCCAGUUCCCCCUCCACUUCUAUCAGAUCAAGACUUGAGGAGUGCGGUGCAUUUAUUGACACAGUUGGUAGCUACCCAGCAACAGGCCAGGGCAUCAGCUAGUGCAGGGUCUUCUGAGGGGUCUAGGAGUUCAAGGGUCCGAGAGUUUGUUGCUUUGAGUCCCCCAGAGUUCACAGGGACAGAUCAGAGGGAGGACCCAUAUGCUCCAUCCAUAGUUUCUGCUAUGCGGGACAGGAUCCACAGGUCUAUAGCAGGGUUGGCCCCAGAGUUGACCGAGGCAUGUGCCACUGCUGCAUUGUCUCAAGAGCAGUCUCAGGGAAGUUAUAGGCUCCAAUACUUUGGACGACCACCUAGGCCUCCAUCACCUCAGUUACAGGGUUACAGGUAUGACCGCUAUACUCAGUCAGGACCAGGACACUUGGGCCAAUGUCGAGCAGGUUCCGAUGCUUGUUAUGCAUGUGGGCAUCUGGGGCAUAUGAUGCGAGAUUGCCCAAAUAGAGAUUCUGGGGGCGCGAGUCUCAGUCUUCGGCUAGUAGAUAUCGAGGCAGAGGUAGAGGUUCCAGUUCAGGACCAGGAGUCUUCACCAGACAUUGCGACAGGUAUAUUGACCAUAUGCUCUCACGAUGCUUAUGCCUUGAUAGACCCAGGAUCUACUUUAUCGUAUAUUACCCCAUUUGUCGCGGGGAAGUUUGGUAUAGUGCCUGAAAUAAUAAGUGAUCCUUUAGCGGUAUCUACACCGUCUAUUACAGCAGUCAAAGAGUACGCAGAUGUGUUUCCAGAUGAGCUUCCAGGUAUUCCUCCAGAGUGA